UUUGUGGUGGGUUGGACGCUGGCCGCAGAGCGAGUCGCUUCGCCGACUUCCCGAACCGCUCGAUAUCCAUUGAUGAUAUUAAAAUUGGUGGCGCGCCGUGAUUGCCUAUGACGAAGGUCGGUUUCUUGUGUUCACAUCGGUGUAGUUCAAGUGCUAAAACUCCGGCCAUAGAAAUGAAGCAGAAUCUCGCCCCGCCUGACAGCUUUAUGAGAAGCGAGCCGCAGAAAUCCGCCGGGAGCAAUUCAUUAGGAACAGAACAAGAUUUUCCAUGGCGAAUACCUGACACGGCGGGCCCAAUUAAUAGUUUGGAGCUUCCCUCGAUGAAUGACACUCUCGAACACCUAAGAGCACUCUGCCUUCAACAAGCCGCGAGCGACGUUCAAAGAGCGUGUCGGCAGCUUUGCAUCUCAUCAAAUCCGCACGAUUGGAAUACUAUCGAUGUACAGAACUGGUUGCAGUGGCUCUCGAACGAGCGCAAGAUAGACAAAUGUUGGAAGACCCUCGACUUUCUCAUGAAGUGCACUGGCUCACAACUGAUUGGUUUCUGCGAGGAUCCUCGGAGAUGGAUCGAUUUGAUGGACUUGCAGUCGGUUCAUCUUCUGGUCAUGGACAAGAUCGCUGCCAACUUAGACAUUUGGAGAUCGGGGACCCAGUGCGCACAUUUCCACGUGACGGGGAAUCCAGAUCCGAAAUUGUGGGAUACAAUGAUCCCCACGCAUCACGACCUGACGAUCUCGCCUGAGGUUGUUUACUACAAUAAUCGACGGCCGUCUUCAUCUGCCUGUUCCGAGGAGAGCGACGAAGAUUCUUCGAAACCGAUGCCAGGAUCUUCAGGGCAUCAGAUUCACUUGUGGCAGUUCCUCCGACAACUUUUAUCGAGUCCGCAACAUCAGGAUUGCAUUCGAUGGAUCGACAAAGCGAAAAAUAUUUUCAAAAUUGAGAAUUCGGUGCGAGUCGCGAAGCUCUGGGGUCAGAGAAAGAAUAGACCUGCAAUGAACUACGACAAACUCUCGAGAUCCAUCAGGCAGUACUAUCGGAAAGGAAUCAUCAGGAAAACGGAGCAAGCCCAGCGCUUGGUGUACCAAUUCUGUGGACCCCUGGAUAUUGAGAAAGCGCAGGACUUCUACUCGACAUAA